UCCAAUCCAUCAUACUCUCUAUAAAUAGAAUGAAUGUAUGUUUUAAGUAUUGGCACAAAAAAUAAGAUGGAUAUUCUAACAAUGAAUCCAAUCUCUAUAUUUGCAACAUUUCCUUCUAUUUCUGUGUCUUUUCUUGUACUGAUAGUUUUCUUCAUGAGCAAACUAGGAGCAAAGCAAAAAGGGAAAAAGAAAUACCAUCCAAUUGUUGAUUCUACGACGAAGCAGCUCAUAAACUUUCAUCGUAUCCACGAUCACAUGGCAGAUCUUGCUGCAAAAUACAAAACUUAUCGACUUGAGAGCCCAUUUCGGAGAGAGAUUUACACUUCUGAUCCAGCUAACAUUGAGUACAUUCUAAAAACCAAUUUCGACAACUAUGGAAAGGGAGAUUACCAUCAUGAGAUUCUAAAAGACUUUUAUGGAGACGGUAUGUUUACUGUAGAUGGUGAGAAAUGGAAAGAACAGAGAAAAGUUUCGAGCCCUGAGUUCUCGAAAAGGGUUAUAAGGGAAGUUAACAGUGUUAUCUUCAGCAAAAAUGCAGUAAAGCUUGCUAACAUCUUAGAUGAAUCCGCAAAUUCAAAAGAAACAGUAGAUAUUCAAGAUUUGCUUUUGAAGUCAAGUUUGGAUUCAGUAUUUCAAGUUGCUUUCGGGAUUGAACUUGACAGUGUAUGUGGUUCAUGUGAAGAAGGGGCUAACAGCAGGGGCGGAUUUACAUUCAUCAAAGCACUUGAUGAUGCGAGUGAAAUGAGCCUUCUACGAUACAUUGAUAUGUUCUGGAAAAUAAAAAAGACACUAAAUUUUGGUUCUGAAGCAAAAUUGAGGAAAAGUAUGGAAAUCAUAGACGUGUACAUGUAUAAGCUUAUCCGUAGCAAAGCUGAACAGCUUUCACAACAACGCGAUCCCACCGUAAGUCUUAAUUUGUUGAUUGUGGACAUUUUACAGGAGAAAGCAGAGAACAUUAUGUCAAGGUUCUGGCAUUACUCUUCGACGAAUCCAAAGUACUUGAGAGAUAUACUGAUAAACUUCAUGGGUGGUGGUAAAGACACAACAGGAACGACACUCUCGUGGUUUAUUUUAAUGCUCUGCAGGUAUCCACAUGUGCAGGAAAAACUGGCUGAGGAAAUCAAAGAAACAACGAAUACAAAAGGAGGCAGUGGAACAAUUUCAGAUUUUGGGACCAAUCUGAAAGAAGAAGCAGUAGAUAAGAUGCAUUAUCUUCAUGCUGUUCUUUCGGAGACUAUAAGACUAUAUCCAGCCAUUCCUGUGAAUGCCAAAGUAUGCCUUCAAGAUGAUGUAUUUCCAGAUGGAUAUAAUGUGAAGAAAGGAGAUAUGGUAGCGUACCCACCAUACGCGAUGGGUAGGAUGAAAUACUUAUGGGGUGAUGAUGCUGAAGAAUUCAAGCCAGAACGAUGGCUCGAUGAGAAUGGCUCCUUUAAGCAAGAAAGCCCCUUCAAAUUUACUGCCUUCCAGGCUGGGCCAAGGAUAUGUAUUGGAAAGGAAUUUGCAUACAAGAACAUGAAGAUUACUGCUGCAGUUUUAAUGCAAUUCUUUGUAUUCAAAUUGAGUGAUGACACAAAGCCUGUGAACUACAAAACUAUGCUUCAGCUUCAUAUAGAUGGAGGAUUACAUGUUCGUGCCUUUCGUAGAAUCAAUAGCUACUAG